UUGAAACCCACUGACUCAUACCUUUCGUUGUUGUUUUCGUUGAAACCAUCAACCAGCGACGACGUCGCAUGUUCGAUCAACCAGCGACGCCCUCGCUCCUUUGGGUUCAAGAACAGAGUCACGUGCCUCCAUUGCCAGCAAGGCCGCAGAAGUAGCUCGACACAGGAUGGGCUACUACGAGCAGAACGUCCAAAUCUUGAACGAUGUCUUGGUCAAGGCCGCAGAGGCUCACGAGGCGGAGCUGGAUGCGGAGAUCGCACGGCUGGACGCCCUCAAGGAGGAUGACUUGGAGGAGCUGCGGAGGAAGCGGUUGGAAAAGAUGAAGUCCAACCACGCCGAUAAGAUGAAGAAAUUGGCAUCAGGGCACGGCGAAUACACGAUGAUUGAUGAGAAGGACUUUUUUGACGUGGCCAAGAAGAGCGAACGAAUGGUCGUCCACUUUUGGAGAGAAAGCACUUGGAGAUGCGAAAUCAUGGACAAGCACUUAAGGCAAUUGUGCCAGAAGCACUGGGGCACGCGCUUUGUGAAGAUCAAUGCAGAGAAAGCACCAUACUUGUCAGAGCGACUACACAUUUGGUGCUUGCCCUCUCUUGUCCUUUGCGUGGACGGCAAGACGGAGCACACCGUGGUGGGCUUCAGCGAAUUCAAGUCAGGGGAUGAGGUCACAACAGAGGAGCUCGAGGAAACCCUUGCAAAAUGGGGUGUCAUCAAGUAUGACUGUUGAGCAGAUGGCUCAAGCACUGCUGGACUGAGUCCUUGUGAAUUUCGGAUCUUGUCUUGGCGCGCCACAAAAGAGAAGAGAAGAGAAGCCUGCCAUUGCAGUCUUGCAGGGGUGGCAGUGGCCGGUUGAUCUCAGUCCACUUGAAAACCAUGCUACCAAAAGACUGACUCUUUUCAACCACCGCAAGAAAC